AUCGUAUGGUCAAGUGUAUUGGAAAGGUAUAACCUGUUUUCAAUUUCAAUCUGUGUAAUAUGUACGAAUUUUCGCCAGAUUUUUGAAGAAAGACCAAAUAAAAAACAACGAUGAGUAAUCUACCAGUUACUUCACGUCUAAAGGCUCCCACAAGCAGAAUUGGGAAGCCAGGAGCGGCGAAAUCCGAGGCGAUUGCAGCGCCAAGAGCUAGCGGUUUGAAAGCACCUUCGUCUUCAGUCGAAACUCCACCACAAAAAAGUGGCUUGAAACAGCCGCUUUUGAAACGAUCUGGUGGCGGUCUGGAAGCACAAAGGACUGAGAAAAGAAGUGGUUUGCCUUCUGCAAACGCUACAGCGCUUUCAACUCCACGAAGUAAACAAAACGGUACUCAAAGUAAACUAAAACUUGGGUUAGUUGGCCCAAGGAGUACCACAAGUAGUGAUUCAAGUACUCCGUUAAAAAAGGAAAGUUUAACUCCACGCGAGGGCUUGACCACAAAUUUAAAACGACAAUCUUCUAGCUCGCAUAGUUCUUUAAGCAAAGAAUCGCCCAGUCCAGUAUUAACCCGAGAAAAAACACAAGAAUCUAUCAAAGAUGAAACGACAGGAAUAUUGUUCAAAGUUGGCGACCGUGUUCUCGUUGCGGGUACGAAAGCAGGGGUCAUUGAAUAUUUAGGCGAAACCAAAUUCGCGAAAGGACUUUGGGCCGGUGUAAAACUCGACGAAGCAGGCGGAAAGAACGAUGGAUCUGUUGCAGGAGUUAAAUACUUUGAUUGCGAGCCCUCGCACGGUGUUUUUUCAAAACCAAACCGGCUACAUAAAAUAAAUAUUGUCCCCAAAAGUUCAACAUCGGAACAUCAUGCGAAUUUGGACGAUUCUAGCACCCUGAAAAUCGGCGAUCGGGUUAUAGUUAGCGGCACAAAAAUGGGAGUUUUAAGAUAUUUAGGACCUACAGAGUUUGCUAAAGGUGAAUGGGCUGGAAUUGAAUUGGAAGAACCACUAGGAAAAAACGACGGAGCCGUAGCAGGAACACGGUAAGAUUGUUACACCUACUCCUAGUUUGUUUGUGUUUAAUAUUGACGUUUAUGUAAGCACUGUAAAUAUUGUGUUAUUGAUCGUAAAUGUUCGGUAAACUUUGAAAGUUUGGCAAUUAUAAUGUGUUUGCACAAAUUAGAUAUAAUUUGUUUGGUAUUUAAUCCUAAUGAUCGGAUUUUCUCAUUAGUUUUCUCGUCAAUUCGUGUAGUGUACAAAGUUUAUAUUGGGUUAAUAUAUAACUCUCUGUGUGAGGCUAAUACCCUGUUGCACCCCCUAGACUGAUAGUCUAGACUAGGGCAGUAAUAUUAGACUAGGGCAGUGGUCAUAUUAGCCCUACAUAUAGAUGUUUAUAGAAGACCGAAUAUUAGCCACAACGUGCCAAUAAAUUGUCCUAACCUAUUUGACUCGAGCAGUGCCCAAACAAAAGUUAGGCAUCGUUUUAUAUUUGGUGUGUGAGUUUGUUAGUUUGUUGGGAACAGGCCUCGAAUUUCCCUGAAAUCAAUCGACGGCAACAGUGCUAAAAAUUGGCGUAGAACUGUCUACGGCAAUUUUGGCAGUUUCCAUGGCAUUUUUCAAAUUACUGUAAAAAACUUUAAUUUUAUUGUUACUUUGGUUUUUGACAAGCUAGAAACAUGUCUACGUAUUUCUUCAGUGUUUUUUUUUUUCGAAGAAAACUGAGACUAAAACGCAUUAUUUGGUCAACAUCUGAAUUCAAGUAUCACUGAAAAAUUCAAAAUAGUAAUGCACAAUAAAUAGUAUAAAAAUUGCACUAUACGGCAAAAAAUUGCCGUCGUUGCCACAAUGAUCCACGGCAUUUUGUUCUCCCUCUACGGCAAUUGCCGCGAUAAACUUCGAGCCCUGGUUGGGAAUCGUAAGCCUUGGUAUUUAUUCAAAAAUAAUGUCUUAUUUGCACUAGUCUUGUGGUUCACUUGUUUAACCCAUUGCGUGAUACUGGGUUUUUUGAAGAAACGGUUUUUCAGUUUUGCGAAAGUCCAAGUACCGAAAAACCAAAAAAGACAAAGAACUGGGAAAAAAAACAAGAUAAAAAUGCUAGUGUUUCACCUAAUCCUAGCUGAAAACUUGUAAAUACGUUCUUUUACAUUGUCUUCUUACUUGUAUUUUUAUACCUCUGCAGUAAGCUUUUGAGCAUCUAAAAUAAUAAAAACACAUACUACACGGUUUUAUGUCUUUGUGUUAUUUACAGGUUAAAAAUCGGUUUUUCAUUUUUUCCCCACUUUUUUCCUGACGGUUUUCGGUUUCGGGUUUUUUCAAGAACCGCCCCAGCCUAGUGACAGCACUCUUCCCUUUACAAGUAAAAUUGUCUGGCAUUAGACAGAGUAAAAUAAUAAAGUAGGGCACAUCAGGAUGCUUUGGCACUUAAAGGAUGCAUGGGCAGAUAGUCUGAUUAAUUCAUUGAGUGGCAACACUAUCCCGCUUGACAAGUAAAAUCAUCUGGCAUUAGACAGAGCAAAAUAAACUGCCAACAUGCUAUUAAAUGUGUUAAAAACAGAACAAAUUACAGUGAAUCACAACAGAUUACAGAAGCCGAAGUGGGAUACUCUUUGUAUUUUGACUGUAAUGGCUUCAAUAAUAAUCAUUUGUUAAUGUGAUAGGUAUUUUACAUGUGCGAUGAAAUAUGGACUGUUUGCACCAUCAUCAAAAGUUACAAAAUCCAAGAAAAAAGUUUUAUCUAAGAAACCGUCAAAUUCGUCUGGGCCUUCGCUUGACAUUGCUGCAAAGUUGGUGUUCAAUAGGACAGGGUCAAUCAACUCGGAUAUCUCGUCUGUGUCUGCCGCAGCCCCAAUUCCUGGAUCACCAAGCGAAAGGAUUGCUGCACAAACUAAUGUGAGUCCAUUAUGAUAUUGGGAUGUUGGUGGUACUUUGAUUAAUGCAUGUGUCUAUCAACUCCGUGACUGAUGUUGAUGCCUGCAAAUUACAGUUGUCUGAUUAUAGUUUCUCCUCGGGUACAUGUGAGAAGAGUGCUUCUUCCAGUUUGACUCUAUUAAACCAUUGAGUGGCAGCACUCAGGGACGUCGCUAUAGGGGGGGGGGGGGCGGGUGUAACACCCCCCAAUAAUUCAAAUGUUGGUCAACGUUGGUCAAAAUGGAACUAAUAUGUGCCCAAAGUUGGUCAAAAUGGAACUGAUAUUUGCUUAAAAUUGAAGAUAAAACUUGGAAAAAUUUGGUGAAAGUUUGGGAAAUAAGAUGGUCGAAGUUGUUAAAAGUUAUGAAAUGGUUCACACUUUUAACAAUUUUAAAGCUUCAGUUACGUUUGCGGUGACAAAAUCGGAAGCAUUGCUUUUUUGGUCGAAAAAUUUUGAAUAUGCUUAUAAUAGUCUGGUAAAUUUUUUUUGACUAUAUUAGGCCGGAAAAAUUUUUGACCCCCCCCUCCCCCCCCCACUCCCCCAUCGACAACAUUUCCGGGAAAAUUUUUUUCAACUUGGUCAAAAUCCUAGGAAAAGUUGGUCAAAACAUGGCCACACACACCCCCUCCCCCAAUGUUGAUGGCUUCGCGACGUCUCUGGCAGCACUUAUCCCUUGACAAGUAAAAUCAUCUAGCAUUAGACGUUAUUGAGUUAAAAUAUCAAUCUGCUUUCAGGAAGUUACAACGUCAAAUGAAUCUCUUCAUUCUGGUGUGAAGAAAACACUUUCAAAUUCCCAACAAGUUGCUGCGUUGCAGGUGUGUGCUUUUUUUUGUGACCAAAGUUUUAGGUGAACGUAUAUCCGGAAACUGCAUUUUAUUCCAUUUCAGAGCGCACUGGAGGAGCGAGAACGUGAAAUUCAUAAAAUGUUGAUGGAAAGAGAAUUAGAGAAAGCAGAGAAACUAAAAGAUUUAGAAAUAAAUGCCAAGGUAGUUUUUGAAUAAAUAUGAUGAACAUCACAUGGAUGUUUGCUAAAGACUGAUUCUAUCGAUUUUAAUGUUGCUAUUAUUCAGUUUCUUGGUCAGUCAGAUAGUCGCUAUGACCUUCAACCCCUCUUCCCGCGUACUGACUCUGGUAAACAAACAUUUCUGUACAGUGCUUCCAUUCUUUUUAAUUGCUUAGAUAGCAAUUGUAAGCAACUUGCUGCUUUGCCAUCUUGCUCUUCAUAUACUAACGCCAAACAAAAAAUUUGUAAAAUCUUUCUUAACAAGCUUAACCUUACUAACCAUAUCGAAGAUCUAUUUUGUAUAAAUUGUAAAUAUUUACUAAAUUGUAAUUGUAUUCAUGACUAAUUUUUUGUUUCUCAUAUGUAAAUAGUUGUAAUCUUUAAUACUUCUUAUGCCUGUAAGUAUCAAAAUAGUGUGAGGGCCGUAUGUUAGAUAACUUUUAUGGUUAAUACGUUUUCCCUCCUGAAAUAAAGUUUCUAUUCUAUGUUGGCCAGUUAGUCUGUAGGUUGAUUGUUCGGCCAAUCAGGAGGUAGGCAGCCAUUUAAUUGAUCGUCAGUCCAUAAUAAACCCUUGUCUUGUUAGUGAGUCAUAAAGAUUUUUAUAGGAAAUUCAUUAUUCUUUCAUUGUUUUAUUUUCUAGAGCAAUAACAAUGCCUUCAAUGAUCAGGUAAAGUAAUUAGUAUUCCGUAACAGUGUGCAUUCAUUCUGGAUCUAACUCGUUUAUCAUCUUAUAUUUAGUUGUUGAAGGAGAAGGAUGACAUUGUCAACGCAUUAAAAGAUAACUUGGAGAAAGCGAAAAAGGAAAAUUCUGUAAUUCAAGCUAAUUUGGAUGAAGAGAAAAAGUAAUAUGAUGCAGUCUUGAUUUGAUUUGAGAACUCUUUCUCUGAUAAUGGGGUUAAUAAUAUGCCUUGAUGAAUUGCAGUACACAUUAUAUACAAUGCACAAGUUGUAACAAAGCUGCAGCAGAUUUGUGGCAAUGCUGUUUCAACUUCUUAUCAACAGCAUGUGUUUGCACUGCCUGUUCCCAACAACUUGUUGACAACUUGCCAGGCUUUUAGCCAGAAGGGCGUCCAGGCAUCCUGCGACACCCCUAGAACAAAAAAUGGACGCCUUUGGACGCCCAAAUUCUGGGGGAAAAGGGAAAUUAUUUUCAAUUAUUUCCCUAAGGAUAUUAAAUAUAUCUGAAACGUAAUAGCUUCAAUUCUCAUUAUUAUUAUACAUUUGAUUUGACAUUUUGAUCAAUUUGAUGGUGUACCUGGCUGAAUGAAAAUGUUGUAGUUAAGUAAACAAGCAUAGCGGCACAAACUCAUAAAGCCAAGAUUAGUGUGUCUGAAAAAUUUCGAACAAGCUUGGAACAGAUGCUGCCAUGAAGUAACAUAAACUAUUAAACUUCAAAGGUUUUCCAGAGGAACGUUUUCUGGAAACACCCCCCAUCUUUACUGUAGAUGUAUCGUUGUGCCAAAAUUGGACGCCCUCUUUUAGGACCCUGGCUAAAAGCCUGCAACUUGCUACAAGGUUGUUGAACUCAACAGACUUGUUACAAGUUGUUCCAACAACUUGUUAUCGUCCUGCAAUGCAACAAUUUUUCAUCGAGUUGUAAGUGACAACCUUGUAGCAAUGGUUUAUCUUUUAGAAAAUAUGAAGAUUUACUAUUUAUGUUGGAGGAGGAAAAGAUCACAGAUGAUGAGUUGAAGGUUUGUAAACAUUGCAGUUUGUAAGCAGAGUACCAUAAGAUUUGCAAUAAACUAAACUAACUUUAUUCAUACUGUAGAUAGCUCUGUCAGUUUUUUUAGCCAAACUGGUCUUUCCAGAGCUCCAGUAAGAUACAUCCUUUAUUGAUCAAGUCUUACCACAGGAUAUCAAGUCUAAACUAAGCUAAAUAUACAGGAAUUGUUUUUCAUGUUAGAACCAUGUAAAAGAGGAUGAAGAUAAGCUCAAAGAGCUCUCCAGCCAGUAUGAAGAAAGAAAUAUGAAAGUAAUAGAACUUCAGAAAGAGUUGAGAGAAGUUCGCUCAGACAAACUCACUGAUGACGCCAAGAUGUUGGAACUGCGAGAUCAACUGGCUGAGUCAAGAACAAGCUUUCAAAGUCUUAAACAAAGUAUGGAAACUGAUGUUGAAGGUGUGGUGAUUAAACUAAGUGAAACUAACUUUAUUUAUACUGGAUAGCUCCAUCAUUUCUAAACUGUUCUUCUUUGAGGUGCAGUAAGGAUCAUCUCUUAUUGAUCCAAUGUUACUACAGGAGGAAACCUAAACUAAACUAACUUUAUUUAUACUGAAUAGCUCUAGCAGUUCUAACCUGUUCUUCCUAGAAGUACAGUAAGGAUCAUCUCUUAUUAGUCCAGUGUUAUAAUACUACAGGGGGAAACCUAAACUAAACUAACUUUAUUUAUACUGGAUAGCUCUAUCAGUUCUAAACUGUUUUCCCUAGAGAUCCAGUAAAGAUUAUGUCUUAUCUAUUACUACAGGAGGAAAGUGGAAACCUAAACUAACUUUAUUUAUACUGGAUAGUUCUAUCAGUUCAAAACUGUUAUUGCUAGAGGUCCAGUAAGGAUCAUCUCUUAUUGAUCCAGUGUUACUACAGGAGAAAACCUAAACUAAACUAACUUUAUUUAUACUGGAUAGCUCUACCAGUUGGAAACUGUUCUUCCUAGAGGUCCAGUAAGGAUCAUCUCUUAUUGAUCCAGGGUUACUACAGGAGGAAACUUAAACUAAACUAAGUUAAGUUAAGUUUGUGCUUAUAAUGAAACCUGACUAACAUUUAUGUGUAGACAAUGAUCAACAUGAGAACCAUGUAUUAGGAACACCAGUGGACACUGUAAAACAAGACCUGGCUCAAGCGAAAGAAAUGUUAAAUGAGAGAGAAAAGAAGAUAAACGAACUGGAAGCGAAAUUAAAUGAACAGUCAAAUAAACAGAAUGAAGUUGAAGAAGAAAACAAAAAGGAAGUAAAGGACAAAUUAUCAGCCGCAGAGGUGAGCGACUGCUGAACUUACUCCUUAAAUCCAUUUCUUGUAAAGAGUUAAACUUUGGACAAAUUGUAAAAAGUGUAGAAAAUAUGCGCAGGAACAAGACAAGUUGAUGAGAGUUGCAACCUUCACUCGCAUUUCACCGUCAACUCGCAUGCAUUUUCAUUAACUUUAAACUGCUUCAAAUUUUAAUGAGAAUUUUCGUCAGUCAAGUAUCAUGCAGCUCAUGCGACCAGGACAUGAAACUCUCGCUUCUCAACUCUCGUGCAACUCUUGUUCUCGUUUGACCGCGACAUGAAAGUUGAGAAAACUUUCAUUGAAACUCUCGCUUCUCAACUCUCAUGCAACUCUUGUUCUCGUUUGACUGGGUCAUGAAAGUUGAGAAAACUUUCAUUGAAACUCUCGCUUCUCAACUCUCGUGCAACUCUUGUUCUCGUUUGACCGCGACAUGAAAGUUGAGAAAACUUUCAUUGAAACUCUCGUUUCUCAACUCCCAUCAACUCCCAUGCAACUCUUGUUCUCGUUUGACCAGGACAUGAAAGUUGAGAAAACUUUCAUUGAAACUCUCGCUUCUCAACUCUCAUCCAGUGUUACUACAGGAGGAAAACUAAUCUACCGAGACAUGAAAGUUGAGAAAACAUUCAUUGAAACUCGUUUCUCAACUCUCAUCAACUUUCAUGCAACUCUUGUUCUCGUUUGACCGGGACAUGAGAGUUGAGAAACUCUCAUUGAAACUCUCACUUCUCAACUCUCAUCCAGUGUUACUACAGGAGGAAACCUAAUCUCCCGAGAAAUGAAAGUUGAGAAAACUUUCAUUGAAACCUCUCGCUUCUCCACUCUCAUCAACUCUCAUGCAAGUCUUGUUCUCGUUUGACCAGGACAUGAGAGUUGAGAGAAACUCUCGCUUCUCAACUCUCGUUUGACCAAGUCUUAAUUCUUACUUGUUGAGCUGAGAGCGCUGGUAUAAAUGGAUACGUUAUUUUACAGAAUGAAAAACGAAAAGCAGUCGACUCACACUUUUCAAUUCUCGUUUGACCAAGUCUUAGUUUUUGCUUGUUGAGCUCAGAGCGCUCGUAUAAAUGGAUACGUUAUUUUACAGAAUGAAAAACGAAAAGCAGUCGAAGACUAUCAGGCCAUGAAACAAGAAAGGGAGCAACUCAAUAAAGAACUCGCCAGAAUAAAACAUGAAAAAAUAGAAAUUGAAAGUAAUCUUAAGAUGAAGGAAGGGAAACUCGAAACUUUGGAAAAGAAAUACAAAGAUGUUAUGGAGGAAAAUCUUGUUGCCUCAAAUCAGAAAGACGAAGCUAGUAAAGUAAGAAAAAUCUAGAAUUGCCAGAUUUAUGCUAGUCUUAAGGUUACAGAACACCUUUGAGUGUUAAUUUUGCCUAAUUUUUUUUUUAUUGGUUUCCAUGAAAGCAUUAGACUAGUUCUACUAUCUGACCAAGUUUGAACGAAAAAUGUUGAAAACUCGUAGAAUUAUUUAAUAAAAUACAUUUCGCUGCAAUUUACGGUAAUUACUGAUUUUCAAACGAGUUGUGCUCCUGUGGGUUUUAACCAAUUUUUCUCAAAUUUUCACAGGACAUAGCUAAACACGUCAGUUUCAAAAUUGUGUUCGGCUUUUUUUUAAUUUUGGAUAUUUUAAAAAUAAAGAGCAAUUCACUCAAACAAUUCAGAAAUAUAUUGCAGUCGUCAAAGAAAUCGCCAUAUCAGCGGAAUGACGAAAUAAACAAAAAUUUCCGAACACAAUUUUUUAGAACAACUAUUUUACUGUAUAAAAAUGAUAUUUUCAUAAAUAUAACUUAAAACCAGCAGGAGCACAACUCAAAAGCGUAACGGUACCGCGAUUUAAGAUUUUCCUGAAUAAUUCUUACAUUAUUUUAUUGUUUGUUAAUUUUACAACUUUACCAUAUUUUGCAUGCACCGGAGAACAUUUGGUGAAAAUUUGAUGAAAAUCGGACUGAUUUUGAGCGCACAGUAGCGAUUUUCCGCAAAACGCCAAAAAGGGUGCCCUGUAACCUUAACUAAACUCCCCUUACAAAUGAGUGAGGAACUCGAUAAACUAAACACCUGUCCGACAAAUUUUCCUAGGUGAGCAUGAUCAACCUUCAUAGAAGAAUUUCGGAACUGGAAGGUCAAGUGAUGGAGUCAAAAGCGAAGGUUUCUCAACUUGAAAGCAACAUGGAGCUGGAAAACGAUAUUGCUCAACAGAAGACGAAGCAACUUGAAAACCUGUUUGCAAAUACAAGCAAGCAGCUUCAGGAAAGCAAAGAAGACGUGAGCAAGAAGCAACAACUUGUGAAUGAUUUGGAAUACAAGUUGAACAGUCAGUUAACACGGCAGAAGGAAAUCGAAAAAGAAGUUGAGAGCUUGGUUAGUUCGCGAAUGUUUUUGUCAACAAAAUGUGUUCGCAACAGGCUUGUAGCAAGCUUGUCAGCAAGUUGUAAAAGUGCUGUUAUAUUUAUCAAGUUGCUACAAGGUUGUCACUCGCAACUUGUUAUUGUCGAUUUCAAGUCGCUUUUCAACGCACGGUCCCCCAACUUCGUUGCGAACUUGCCAAUAACGUUUCCAAGUUCGGAAAUUGGGCGCGAACUUCGCAACAAAGUUCACAAGUUCAUUUCAAUGUUUGAACUUCGUUUGUAAACAAAUGUUCAUACUCAAUAAUAAUAACCAAUUCAAUGAAAUACAAACCUUCUUGGUAGACCACUGGACCAAGAACUUUCCAUUGAAUUGUUAAUUUCAACUUGAACUAUAUUAAGCAAUUAUUGGAAGCGAAGCUGAGGCGGAUAACAUAGACCGAGGUCUGAAUAAUUCUUGAUAUCAUGCCAAAGCAGAAUCCAAUAAUUGUUUUAUUAUACAUUUUAAAGACAUGAGAAACGUAUAAAACGAUUCCUGUUCAUGAGGUAGGAAAAGUACAAUUUUGAAUAUCAAAUACCUUGCACAAAGUCAAAGGUCAGCUAAAUAUUAUAUUUCUACUUCUAUUUACCCCUUUGUGGCUUUUUUCGUGCUUUCACUAUCCUUAUCUGCCAUUAAUUUGGAGAGUUCACUUUCAUUCAGCGAAGCAAAUCUGCUGUAGGCCAUUGUUUGUUUUUUUCCCGCGCUUAUAUAGGUUCAAGCUUUUGGCCGCGCAAGGGUUUGGGCACGAGAGAGUCCAAUAAUUUUUUUUUUGGAUGCAAGUUCGAUCCAAAAAAACAAUUAUUGGACGCUGAUGACGUCAGCGGCGGAAAAUACGUAAUAAAUGCCGAAUACUGAAAAUUAGCCGGUGCUUUCUGACCAAUUAGAAACGAGAAUACAUAUUAAAUGUAUAAUAAGAACAUUUGUUCACAGUAGAAGUUCAAACGUUGAAAUUUAUUUGCAAACUUUGUUGCGAAGUUCGCGCCCAAUUUCCAAACUUGGAAACGUAAUAGACCUUUCCCCUUAUGAGUGAAAUUUUGAUCUAUAGAUAUGCCUGGGCAACAAUUUCAUCACAGCUUGAAAGAGCAUCACAAAAUUAGUAAUAUUCCGAAUUUUCGUUGCGAAAUGUUGUAAAAUGCGGAUAAUAUAGCCUUGCGAAGUUUGCCGUUUUUCAGUCAUUUUGCAUUACAAUCUAACAUUUUGCAUCAGUUUGAUCAUCUGAUUAUCAAUUUCCCGUUUGUAAUACCAAAUGACUGAAAAACGGCAAACUUCGCAAGGCUAUAUUAUCCGCAUUUUACAACAUUUCGCAACGAAACUUCGGAAUAUUACUAAUUUUGUGAUGCUCUUUCAAGCUGUGAUGAAAUUUUUGUCCAGACUUGUCUAGAUCAAAAUUUCACUCGAGAGGGGAAAGGUCUAUUGACAAGCGAUAACAAGUUGUUGGAACAACUUAUAACAAGUCUGUUAAACUCAACAGCCUUGUAGGAAUUUGUCAACGAGCCGGCUUUCGUAGAAGCAACCCCUGUAUAAUUUUCGUCAUCUCCAUUACUUUCAGGGCGAGGCGGAUAAAAAUUUAACGUUAAUGAAAGAGGCUCAUCGCUCCGAAGUUGACGCUUUGCAAUCGAAAGUAAUCUCGCUCACAGAGAAUGUGAAUGAUUUGCAAAAUAAACAAAAGGUUUUGGUUCAAGAUCAGCAGAGAGAGCUAGCGUUAGCGGAGACAGCUAAAAAUGACGAAAUUAACAAAUUAAGAGAACGUAUGAGUUCAAUGGAGGUAAGCAUGUUCUAGAUAUGGAAAACGUUUUUUCCGGUGUUGUUUUUCAGAUUCAAACAUACACUGGACCUCCAAAUGCACGUUUGAGAUAUCUUUUUCAGGUAGUUCAGACACAAACCACGGCAGCUUAUUGUAGAAGAAUACUACCUACACUGGACCACCACGUUUGAAAUAUAUUUUUCAGGUAGUUCAGACACAAACCACGGCAGCUUAUUGUAGAAUACUACCUACACUGGACCACUACGUUUGAGAUAUCUUUUUCAGGUAGUUCAAACACAAACCACGACAGCUUAUUGUAAAAUACUACCUACACUGAACCACCACGUUUGAGAUAUAUUUUUCAGGUAGUUCAGACACAAACCACGGCAGCUUAUUGUAGAAUUCUACCUACACUGGACCACCACGUUUGAGAUAUCUUUGUCAGGUGUAGUUUACAAAACACGGAAGUUUACUAUAGAAAAGUACUCAACAAAUCUUGUCUAUUUCUUUAGGCGGAACGUGGUAACUUAAUUAAAGAAUGUGAAACGGUAAAAUCUGAGAAAAAUAAAGCCGCAGAGGAACUCUCAAGACUUCAACACGACCAUAGCACACUAGAACACAAUCAUAAUACAACAUCACAAAAAGUGAAAGAGAUCGAAACCAAAUGUGAACAACUAGCUCAAAGUAAUGUCGAAAUUACGGCUGAACGAAACGACGCCAUCCAGGUUUGGUUUUAUUUUUUGUGAGGAAUCAACUGAAGUAACUUUAUUUAUACUGUGAAGGAAUCACAAACAGGUGUACCAUAUACUCAAUAGAAUAAGAAGGUCAGGGAACUCGAUGCAGACAUAACAGAUUUCAUUAUCUAUGUUUUUCUUUUGGUUUAUGCGAAAAAUGGUCGGUUCAUCGUCAAGUGUGUAUUGUUUUUUUACCCAAUCAACCAAUAACAGUGUGUUGGUUUAAUUACUCAGUCGUGGUAUUACACAAUGGUUAGCAAUAUAUGCGGUUGUGUCCAUCUUUUGUUCAAAAUUUUUUAAGCUUUUUCUCAUUUUUAUUUUAGUUGUGCGAAGAGCAGGAUAAACAGCUUGAAAUUCUUAAAACGGGUAACGAUAAGAUAACUUCAGAGAGAGACUCUUUAUCGAAAGAACGGGAUGGCCUUUCACUGAAAAUUGUUUCGCUUGAAUCACAGGUGAGCAUGCAUCGUAUGCCGUUAUAUAGGCGUCUGUAUGCAUUCAUAGAUUAAGUACAGCAGAGGCGGCGGAACAGGGGGGGGCUAGGGGGGAUAAAGCCCCCCCAGAAGUAAAAGUGGGGGGGGGGGCUUAGCCCCCCCGCAGAAAAUUUGAAUUUUUGGAAAAAAUUUUGAUAAUUAGGGAAAAAUUUAGGUUAUUUUUUGAAAAUUUAGGUAUAAGGGGACAAAUUUGCAAUAUUUUGUUUAAAAAAAGUGUAUUUCCGAAAUAUGUAUUUCCGUUCUGGGGGGGGGGGAGGUCGCCGAAAAAAUUUAGCCCCCCCAGAACGAAAUCUGUUCCGCUGCCGCUGAUUUAGUACAGUAUGUACAGAUGUGUAACUUCAGUAAAAAAGUUGUCCCACGGUCGUCAUCUACCUAGCAAGUGUCGCUCGCGUGAUUAUUCAUCAUUCGGUAAUAUACAUAAAAUAUAUUUCACCUGCCAAAAAAAUUUUAGACUGGCAGUCCAUAUUUUUUCUCUCAUUCGAGCCCUGUCAAUCGUAUUUAUUCAUUUUCUAGAUAAAUAAUUUGAAUUCAGAGUCGAGCAGACAACAAGGCGAACAUCAGCAAAAGAUGGAGUCUGAAAUAGCGACUUUGAAGUCUAAGCUGUAAGUAAUCAACCUUGUACCCAGACUAUUUUCUCGUACAUUCUGGUGCUACGGCCGCCUGCUGAAGUAAUUGGCUGCCUGACUGAUCGACCGACUCACUGUCUGACUAAAUAUUAUUCCGUCCUCUAGAGACGUAGCUGUAAAGGACAAAACGAGCAGUAGUGGUUUAAUUAAUACUUUAACUGAAGAGAAAAAGAAUUUAGAAAAUAUCGUUGCAGUCAAAACCAACGAGAUCAAUAAAGUACGCAGCGAUUAUCAUAAGGUGAGCGCUUAAUUACAUAAUUUUUAUUUCCGUAAAACCUUUCCAUACAUAAACAUGCAUUUUCUUUUCUUUAGUUGCACCAAAGAUCGCAAGAAUUGGAAGGUCAAGUCAGCAAUCUCGAAAAGAAAAUGAGUGACGCUGCUGAAAAGUAAUUUAACUUUGUAACUUAAUAAUUCCUCAGAGUGUCAGUGUAGCUCUAUCAGUUCUAAACUGUUCUCCCUAGAGGUCCAGUAAGGAUCAUCUCUUAUUGAUCCAGUGUUACUACAGGAGGAAACCUAAACUAAACUAACUUUAUUUAUACUGGAUAGCUCUAUCAGUUCUAAACUGUUCUCCCUAGAGGUCCAGUAAGGUCAUAUCUUUUGUUGAUCCAGUGUUACAAAAGGAGGAAACCUAAACUAAACUGACUUUAUUUAUGCUGGAUAGCUCUAUCAGUUAUAAACUGUUCGCCCUAUAGACUAUAGAGGUCCAUUAAGAGCGAUGCCUUAUCACUGCAGUGUUACUGCAAGAGGAAACCUAAACUAAACUAACUUUAUUUGCAAAUGAGUUCUUCGACUGUUAUAAAAGCCCAUGAUCACAGUAGAAAUUUUGCACAGGUAAAGUUUUGAAGAAUUUGUAAGAAAUAUUUGAGGAAAUUGUUUCAGUGUUUAACAAAGAGUCCGUUUCCUCAAACAUUUCUUACAAAUCCUUCAAAACUUAGAAUUAAGCUGUGCAAAAUUCCUACUGUGAUCACAGAAACUUUGAUCGUAUAAACCAGCCUUACCCAAUGUGCUACCAGCACACCACUGAUAAAGUAAUGGACAACUUGCAUGUUAGACUAAGUUUUAAUCUAAACAGAGAAAAGGGGAUCAAACACCACAGCUAAAAAGAACAUACUGAAAUUAGUAAAAGUGCAAAAUUUGGUUGCGAAAUGUUGUAAAGCUUAGAAAAUAUAGCCUUGCAAAGUUUGCAAAUUUUCAGUAUAUUUGUAUUACGAGCGGAAAUUGUUACCAUUUUCGGCUCAAAAAUGGUAACAAUUUCCGCAAGUAAUACAAAUAUACUGAAAAUAUGCAAACUUUGCAAGGCUAUAUUUUCCAAGCUUUACAACAUUUUGCAACCAAAUUUUGCACUUUUACUAAUUUUAAUAAGUUCUUAACGGGAAUUUACUUUUUUUGUGCCUAGAUCGGCUAGAUCAAAAAUUUGUCUAACAUGCAAGUUGUCUAUUCCUUUUUUCCUCCUCCAGUGCCUCGCACAGAACAGAGAAGUUAAGCAGCGAGGUUUUGAUAUUGAAAGACGACUUCGAGGAAGCAAAGAACGCACUGAAGCAAAAGGAAGAGGAGGUCAGAGUUUAUAAAGAACAAAUUGAAAAAAUGGGAAGCGAAGACUUCCCAAAAUCGCCAAUGGAUGGUGAUAUAUUGGGUAAGGUUUCCCGCUAGUCACUAUCAGUACGAGUGAUUGUAUUAGUUGAGACACAAACUACAACAGCUUAUUAUAGAAUACUACACUGGACCAAGUUUGAGAUAUCCUUUUCAGGUAGUUCAGACACAAACCACGAUAGCUUAUUGUAGAAUACUACUUGCACUAGACCACCACGUUUGAGAUAUCCUUUUCAGGUAGUUCAGACACAAACCACGACAGCUUAUUGUAGAAUACUACCUACACUGGACCACCACGUUUGAGAUAUUUUUCAGGUAGUUCAGACACAACCGUAGCUUAUCGUUUUCGUUUUCAUUGUAGAGAAUGCAUCCGCUUUAAUGUUACGUUUACACGAAGCAGAAUCCAGACUUAAUGUUAUCCACUCAGAAAAAGAAUCGGCAGAAGAACAGGUUGGAAGAAAUAUAAUUCUAAAAUUUACAUUCUCCAGUAGACCGCAAACUCCCCAACAACUUGUUUAUAAACUUAAAAUAUUUUUGCAGAAAUUUUGUCUGGCCAGUAAGAGUUUUCUUCUCUGAAGUUUUGAACCAAACGGACGUGUAGAAAUACACAAAUUGAAACAGCGUUCAAAUCGUAACCCAUGCAGGAUUUGCACUAAUCCAGCUUUAAACAACCAGUUCCCGGUCAAUGGACCUAUUACCUAAUGAACAAAAUUUUCAUCUAGACAAGUCUAGACAAAAAUUUCAUCACAGCUUGAAAGAGCGUCACAAAAUUAGUAAUAUUCCGAAGUUUCGUUGCGAAAUGUUGUAAAAUGCGGAUAAUAUAGUCCUGCGAAGUUUGCCGUUUUUCAGUCGUUUUGUAUUACGCACGGGAAAUUGGUACCGCUUUCUGAAAAAAGGUAGCAAUUUCCCGCGCGUAAUACAAAAUGACUGAAAAACGGCAAACUUCCCAGGGAUAUAUUAUCCGCAUUUUACAACAUUUCGCAACGAAACUUCGGAAUAUUACUAACUUUGUGAUGCUCUUUCAAGCCGUGAUGAAAUUUUUGUCUAGAUGAAAAUUUUGUUCAUUAGGUAGUAGGUCGAUUACAUUGCCUACGAGGCCAAGAUAAACCUGGUCAGGGGCGCCGUAAGCAAUGUGAAGCGGCGGAGGCAGCCAUUUCAAAAGGGCACUUGUUUCUCAGUCAUCAUUUUCUGGGCGCCAAUAUUUGUUACAACUUUACUGUAUGGGUAGAUACUCGAUUACCUGUGCAGGUUUUUUUUCAGGGAUUUUUUAGGGCCGUUAAACGGUCCCAAAAACUCAAUCUUGAAUUGAGUUUUGAAACUCAAUCUUAUCUUCUCACCAAAGUUUCAGUGCAAUAAAAAUGAAGUUGUUUGAGUUAUAAAAUUUUGUGACGUGUGGAAAUUAGUUUUCAGUUGGAAGCCCGACAAGCCAUCUUUAACCAGUUUAUAGUGUCCCUGCUUUAACACAUUCCGUCUCAAUUGCAUUUAUUGAGUACAGGUGUCAGCCCCCCGGUAGGGGUGGAGGGGGGUGCAGCCACCCCAACUGUUCAGCCAAACUCAAUCUUCUCUACAAAAACGGACCCAAGAGAAAAUCCUGGAAAAAACCCUGCUGUGGCUAUUAUGGGUCGGCAAACGUUGACAUUAAUUUUGAACAAUUUUAUUUGUUGCACCGUGCUAUAAAUGAUGCAAAAUAGAAGCAGUGAACAGACGUAUAUUGCUUGAUUUAGCAUUAAUUUUACUGCAACUGGUUAAAAAUUAAGCAGAUUGCUUAAACAUUGCUUAAAAAUAGUUAGAAAUUCCAAUUCCUGUAGACAACGCACAAAUUUCGAAGUGCAGUUCCGGCGAAAAGGGCAACCUGUUUCCCCUGUGCUGCCCCCGCACUGUCUGGGCAAUGGGGGCGGUUGCCCCCGUGGCUCCGGCGCCCCUGGACCUGGUUUAAUCUCGUGACUAUACUCAUUCGUAUUUGUUAUUGCAGGUGGAAUUUCUGAACUCGAUUAUCGUUGAUCUUCAGGUCAGUUGAUUUUCUCAACUUCUCUAUUUUGUUUCUUUAACUUUUUUUUGACGGAAAGCUCCAUGGUGUGAUGACAAUGACUUCUGUUAUUGGAACGUAAGAAAUCUUGAUCUUCUUUAGAAUAAAUAUCAGAAAGCAAAUCAAACCAUCGCUCUUUUGGAGGCUGGUGAUGAAGCUAUCCUACUUCAUGGGUUGGAAUCUGAAAGGUAGAACUCUUUUGUGUAAUAGAGACCUUAAGAUUGACGUUUACGGCAAACGUCAAACCGCUAGCGAAGUUUUUGAUUUUACAGCUCUAUUAUUGUAGCUUUUACACCAGUUUUGAAAUAUGUUAAACUGAUUAAAUUUCUGCUCUUUAGCAAUGAUUUAAGAAAGAAAAUUAACCACUAGUCAUGCCAUUUACCAAAGCAGUAAAUGAAGAUUUGGCGUUUGAAGUUGACGUUUGACGUAUAAAUUUCAUGCUUUAACGACUACAAGCCCUCGUAGCAGUUCAAGCAUGAAAUCUAUACGCCAAACGCCAACUUCAAACGCCAAAUCUUAAUUUACUGCUUUGGUGAAUGGCAUGACUAGUGGUUAAUUUGGUUUCUUAAAUCAUUGCUAAAGAGCACAAGUUUAAUAAAUUUAACAUAUUUCAAAACUGGUGUAAAAGCUAUUAUAAUAGAGUUGUAAAAUCAAAAACUUCGCUAGCGGUUUGACGUUUGCCGUAAACGUCAAUCUUAAGGUCUCUAAUAUUUCAAAUCCCCGACUAUGUGAGGACUGGACUAUAGAUUCCAAGUCCGCGCAAUUUGAUCAAGUCCGACGCGAAAAAAUGACAUCUCAUUAUUAUUAUUGGUCUUUAUUAAUCAUUUGAUAAAAAUACAUAUCAAAUUUACAUAUUUAGAAAAUUGUAACACAGAAGCUACUUAAUACAUCAAUAUUAUUAAAACUAUUCUAUUCAUUAUCAACAUGCAAAUUAUACUUAAAAAUCAGUCUAUUAAAAAGCUAUUCUUGAAGCGUUCUGUGUUACAUUUUGGCCACAGUGAGCUUUUGUUACGCAGACGCCUGGACGAGUCUUUGACUAUAGGUAGCAUGUGUUUAAGCGGAUGAUUAUCGUUAUUUUUUAUCUUUCUCCAAAUGUUACGAUCACUUCUCUCUAAUAGUUUGUAUAUAUCGUAAUGUUUGCUAGAAUAAUUUCGUUUAAAACAUCUAGUUAAGAAGCACACGAGCCAUAGACAGAUAGACCAUACGAUAUCGAUAAAUCACUUCUUAAAGUGAGGUGAAUUAAUUUUGAUUCAGUCCAAAGACUGUAUUCAUUUUGAUCUAGUCGAAGGACUGAAUUAAUUUCGAUCCAGUCCUAGGACAGGAUCAGUAUACUUCACCAGGUAUCCAGUAUUCUUGGGUUUCAUAUGACGUCAUGAAUUUGACGGGGGGUCAACUCUAAAUCGAGACACAGUCGUCAGAAUGAAUUAAUUGUUCACUGUAUGUGUUGGCCUUGUGUUUGGUGGCAAAUACAUGCAAUUUCGUAUCGUUUGCUUACUCCAGUACGGCAUAAGCAUCAAUACAUUUUAGGUUGACCCCACGUCAGAUUCACUGCACAAUGCCGUAGUGAAAUUCAAGAAUUAUCUUGUGAGCAAAAUAAAGCAAUAUGGUUGGAAGGUUGGCUAAUGUGCUCGUGAAUUAUUAGUGAGUCUGAGAUUAAGAUAUAAACAUGACCAUUAGCAUCACCACUGUCAUCACCGCCACUGCCAUCACCAUCACCAUCAGCGCCAUCACCAUCAGCGCCAUCACCAUCAAUACCCCUAUCAUCACCACCAUAAUCAUCACCACCAUUACUACCACCAUCAUCAAUACCACUAUCAUCACCACCACAAUCAUCACCAUCACUACCACCAUCAUCAAUGCCACUAUCAUCACUACCAUCAACACUACAAUUAUUAUCAGCACCAUCAUCAUCAGCACCACCAUCACUAUUGCCAUCUGACCACCAUCAUCAUCACUACCACCUCUGCCACACACCACCAUCACCAGUAAUACCUCUUUCCUUAUUUCUCAAGCGAUGACGAAUUAAUGGGGAAACCGAACUACAAUAUACGAAAGUUUUGUGACAUUUGUGAUGUAUUUGACGAACACGAAACAGAUGAAUGCCCUCUCCAGGAGAGUGGUGACGAUGGUGGUGGUGUACAGCACCAUGGUGAUAGAAACCACGAGAGACCAUACUGUGGAAUAUGUGAGGGUAAGAAAUACUGGUCAUGGUAUAUUUUGAGAGAUGAUCUGCCCAGAUGCAUAUUGAACUGGGGGUUCUGCAGAUUUUCUUUGGUAACCAAUCAUAUUUUAUUCUUUGUUACAUUUAGUGUUUGGUCAUUGGUCAGAGGACUGUAAUGACGAACAGGUCAGUAAUAUUAAUAUAUAUGACGUCAUUAAGGAAUGACGUCAUUUGUCUAUUAGUAUCAGUGAGCUGUAUAAUAUAUCUGGAGCGAGAUAUUCAGUCAUUCGGCCUAUGAGAAAAUUGAAGCCAAGAUGGCCGCCAUUGAUGUCCACUAACUUAUGUAGGACGUAAACAGUUUUAAUACCAUUUUUCCCAGCUAAUUCUGGACCGUAUCGCUAAAUACCUGUGGUACCCUAUUUUUUUCUGCCGACCCUAUUAUUUUUUUAACGCUGUUGACCGUGCGACCCUAUUUUCUCCGGGUGGUUGUGGGCUACUCAUACAGCGUGCCAAAAUGGCGUCUGUUGUCACACCAUUUAUUAAACCAAAUUGCCUAAAUUCGUCCAUAGGAAAUACGCAUCUCUAGUUAAUAUUGAUGCCGGGACUCUAUACUGUAAAUCGCCCAGCCAAAAAACCGCCAAAACCAUGAAAAAAAUAUUCCAAAAAAAAAUUAUUUCCGACCUACCGACCUUAAUUUUAUCACGAUAUGAAACCGGAACCACAGGUAUUUUUUUAGGCCGAAAGAAGUUGUCAGUUCAUAAACCAUAUUCUUAAAAUCAAAAUACGAAAUUUCGACACACUCCUUGACCAUGCAGUGAGCACGACCACUAUAGUGUACUUGAGAAUCGUAGCGUUGUAGCGAAUUUUCCCUCAUUCCUUCCUAAGUAUCUUUUUUCUCCUUUUUUAGACGUUUUGAUGUCAUAGGUCGACUUUAAUUUGCUGAACACGUAAAUGUCAGGCCGGUUGAAAUUUUAUUUUUAUAAGAAUAUAGUUUAAAAUUUGUAAAUAUAAACCAUAUAGGGCAAUUGAUAUCAACUUUAAGAAAGACUAUAAUAUAACAUUUCGAUACAGUAGCUACAUUUAAUACCCGGUCGUAACCAAUAAGCCCCGCGAGUAUAAAAAUGGAGUAAUAUGUCUUGUAGGCAUGGCUCUCAGAUAUGAAAGCAAACUUUAAACUAUUGCAUCGUAAAUGCAGAUUUGAGAUGCGAUUUUAAUGCAUUUUCAGUAAGCAACGAUCAUUUGUUGACGUUAAUAUUGAUAUUAUUUAUUACUACUUUGUGGAACAGAGUUAGUUCGGUAACAACAGACAAUAUUACAUUCGAAGUAAAAGGAAUUCUAUAAAAUUAGUCGGUUAUAAUAACAACUAUAUUUAUCCAUAAUAAUCGUAUAUUAACAUCAGAUAUAUUUUGUAUUAAAGUUUUAGGCUUAAAGCGAUUUAUGUUUUUUACUUUUCUUUUUUCAUGGAGAAACCACGAGAGACCACACCUCCAUAGUAUAAUGCAUGGGCUAACUUCAAAUUCAAAAUAUGGCAAUAUGCACUUCAAACCUUUUCAAAAUUUAGUUGAAUUAAAAAUUCUGAAGUUACAGGCCGCUCCAAAAAUCAUGUGAUGGGGA